AUGACCACUCCAACUUUACAUACCUCUACAGACCAAAAUGCGGAUUUCCUUAAGCGCUUCUCUUCCUUCGAAAACAAGAAAAGGCAACAUCCGAAGCCUCUGUCGGUUGAGGAGCACGUUCAGUUUUGCACGCGUGCCAAGUCUGUCAAGUACGUCAGACCAAAGCUAUCGGAGGGAACAGAGAUCAACAUUGGCGGGAUACUGGACAAGUGGAAACGUUUCUGUAAAGAGCUUCUGAAGACAGAAGACUGGCGGACAGUCAUCAAGACGAUAGAGGUGUCGACUAUUAUAGAUUUCUGCCUACACAUAUGCGAAUCGGACAGAAUAAAGGCUCAAGAGUCAUUAAAGCAGUAUUUUCGGCGAUUCCAACAGUUAUACACUUCGCAAACCGGGAACUUCAUGAACCGUAAUGAUUCUCAUUUGGUCUACACGUAUAUGCAUGCCGUUCUUGUUCCACUGUACCGCCUCCGUCCUCCCAACACCAACAAACCAGUUCUAGGGGUGGAGGCACUUUGUUCUAUCCUGACUUUCAACAUCGCCUAUGAUCUAGCCAUUCAACCUCUUAAAAGGCAACGUGUCCAACUAUCAGGCUGUUACCAACUCCUUUGCUACACAGGCGUGCGGCCGGCUGAGCUCGUCUGCAACGAGCGAAAAAAGCCUAAAGACGGCACGGUGGAAGAAAUCUUUGGUGUAAAUGGAGUUUUAUCCAUUUGCACUGAUUCUCGCCUUAUAAACAGCACUAGGCAGGGGGAACUUGACAAGAGCGAAGUCAAAGAGAUUACAGAUGAUGGCGAAGGAGAGGUAGGGGUGAGCAAGAACAGAGGAGAGCAGCAAGUUGAACGUGGAAGACCAAAGGCCCUUUGCUACGAAGACAUUCUGCUGAUAAUAGCCAUGGCUUAUGCUAAGCUCCGUGAUAAUAUGGGUGAGCAGAGUCUCAAUGCCGGGUUCGAGGAGCGAUGGACUCCGAAGUUCUGCCGGAGAGGCGCAGGCAAUGCUGUGAAUGGCGAUGCACCGGAUUCGAUCCAGGAUCAGAUGAUACGUCAUGAUCCCAAGUUUGCUACCUUUCACAGUGCUUACCAAAAUCACAACCUUUAA